AUGCAAACAUUACAAAUCAAUUGCGGUUUCUGCGAAUGGGUUGGACACUUGAAGAAUUAUCAAGAUCAUCUUGAAAAGUUACAUCAACAAUAUAGAUGUUCUUGUUGUACUGAAGUUUAUAAUUCUCUUGUACUACUGGAAGAGCAUAACGACAAAUUUUGUCCAAAGAAAUUAGUAAAUUGUCUUCUACAAUCAUAUGGAUGUAAAGAACAGAUUCUUCGUAGUGAUCUCAAAGAACAUUAUCGGACAGAAGAGCACCAGAGAAGUGUUCUGUUCUGUAUGAAUCAGCUUAAUUCACAACUUAAAGAACAAUAUCAGACAUCUUCAUCUAUUGAUACUGAUAUGAAAAUGGAAAUAUCCAAUAUGAAUUCGCAAAUGACGACUACAUCAUCUUCAGAAACAAAUAUGGAUGAAUAUAAAAGUGAAUUAGAAUUGUAUUCGAAAAUGAUAAAUCCUCUCGCAGAUGGUAUUCAUGAACUGAAUAACGAAGUGAUUCGUUUGAACAAUGAUGCAUUACAACAAUCCGAAUCAAUUACAGCAAUAACUAAAGCUUUGCCAACAAUGAAAACAUCGAUUGAAGAAUCAAAUAAUGUUUUAAGUGCAAUGAAUAUUAAUUUAAUGGUUCUUCAACAAAAGAUAUUAUCUUUAAGAUAUCAAUUGGAAGAUCAGCAAGUUAUCUCUUAUGAUGGAACAUUAAUAUGGAAAAUUAAUCAAUUCCGAGAGAAAAUGGAUGAUGCAAAAUCGGAACGACAAACAUCGAUAUACUCUCCGCCAUUUCGUUCAUCUCCUACCGGAUAUCAAAUGCGAGCGCGUCUAUAUUUACACGGGGAUGGAAAUGCUCGACGUACACAUAUGUCUGUAUUUUUCGUUUUAAUGCGUGGCCCUCAUGAUUGUAUACUUCAUUUCCCGUUUAAUUAUAAAGUUACAUUUUGCCUCUAUGAUCAAACAUCCAACAAGAAACAUAUUAUUGAUUCAUUUCGUCCUGAUAUAAAAUCAAAUAGUUUUCAACGACCACGUUCCGAUAUGAAUAUUGCAAGUGGUAUUCCAAAAUUUGUUCCACUAAAUAUGAUUGAUAAACCUGAUAGUUCAUAUGUUAAGGAUGAUACAAUGUUUAUUAAAGUCAUGGUAGAUUUUGAAAAUAUGGCAAAAGCAAUAUUACCAUAUAUAUCUUUAUUGAAUCCUGGUUUACCAGCACAUAUUCAACAAAAGAUGAUACGACAAGAGAUCGAACGAAAAACACAAAAAGUAUGA